UUGUUUUGAAAAUCGAUUGUUGAAAUCGUUGAUGAUGGCGUCUCAUCAUGUAUGGAAAAGUAUGUUUUAUCUAUGGAGACAACCAUAUAAGUAUUACUCUACAACAAAGAGCUAUUGGGGGACACAAACUUGCUUCUCGUCAAGGCGACAACCUUUCUGUAGUACUAGCCCCGACAAGACAGCUGAACAAAAUACUGCUCUCAACCAACAGAAAAACUUCCUUGCUUCACUCGUUGAAAUGAUUCCAGCGGGGAUAACAGCCGCAUACAUUCACAAAGGUCACGAUACUACUCAUGGUGGUGGAGAAAUGGUGUUAGAAGUUCCGCAUGACAAGACAAUACCUGUACUGCGGUUUCUUAGAGAUCACUCUUCGUGUUUGUAUGAUUGCUUUAUUGACUGUACUGCUGCUGAUUUUCCUCAAAAGCCACAAAGAUUUCGAGUAGUAUACAAUCUUCUGUCCCUUAAAUAUUCAUCUAGAAUACGAGUUCAGACUCACGUUGAUGAGGUCACCCCGAUUGAGUCUGCUACUUGUUUAUUCAAAGGGGCGAACUGGCCAGAAAGAGAAGUAUGGGACUUGUUUGGCGUAUUCUUUUAUAAUCACCCUGAUUUGCGACGAAUUUUAACUGAUUAUGGGUUUGAAGGGCAUCCACUCCGAAAAGAUUUCCCACUAAGUGGAUACGUUGAAGUUCGUUAUGAUGAUACAGAAAAGAGAGUGGUUAUCGAGCCAGUUGAAAUUACGCAAGAAUAUCGAGCUUUUGAUUACACAAGUCCUUGGGAGGUGUUUCCAGAAGGAGGUAAUUUUGAAGAAGCUGAAAAAUUACCAGAACGAGUAUGAUCUCGAGUCGUUCAUGUUAUGAGUAUUUGUUAGUUUCUCAUUUAAUUAGAGAAUGACCAAAAGAAAAAAUGAAAAUCAGAA